AUGCUGGCGGUCCAGAAGGAGUACGAGAAGGAGGUGCAGAAGAUAAAGCGCCAGUACCAGGCGCAGCAGGCUCCCUUCAUCGAAGCACGAGACAAGGUGCUUUCCGAAAAGGCGGGCAGCGAGGAUGCAGCCACAGGAACGCCGGCAUUGAAAGGCUUCUGGGUGCAGGCUCUCCUGAACCAUCCGGCGUUCGAAGACGAGGUCGAGUCGUACGACAUCCCCGUGCUGGAGUUUCUUAGGACCAUUGAGGCAGAGGACUUGGACAAGGAGGAUGCAGAGAAGGGGUUCAGGCUAAUUUUCCAUUUUGCUGAGAACCCGUAUUUCACCGAGGGUUCCUUGACCCAAGAGUACCACAUGCAGGAACCGAACCGCUACAAUGGGGAGGUGAAGGUCAAGGAGCUGAAAGGAUGCAGCCCCAGUUGGAAGGCAGGUCAGGAUGUCACAAUGGGGAAGCCUGCCAAACAAGCAGGAGGAAAGAAGAAGAAAUCACACAAGGAGAAAAUGCUGGAGCCUCGCAAGUCCUUCUUCCGAGACUUCUUCCGAAGUCUGAAGGAAGGGGAUGAGCUGCCGGAAGACGUGGACACUCAGCAACUAUGCAUGCAAAUCGGCGACGAUGAGAUGGAAGAGGAAGAGAUGGUUGAUGCCUUGCUCGAAAAUGCAUAUGAUUGUGGCAUGGCAUUGCGUACUCAGAUCAUUCCCUUUGCAGUUCGAUGGUAUACUGGCGAAGCUGCUCCAGAUGAGGAGUAUGAUGAUGAGGAAGAGGAGGAGGAGGAAGAAGACGAGGAUGUGGAGCUGGAGGAAGAGGAGGGAGGCCGAAAAGGUGGCAAGAAGAAGGCAGAGCAGCAAGAGUGCAAGCAGCAGUGA